CAGGCUUAUGAAUACUGAAAACGUUAUUUUACAAGCCAGAGAAGAAGAAGGAGCAAAAUAUGAGCGUACUUUCAUGGCGUCUCAAUUGAUUGACUGGUUGAUCCAGGAAGGGGAGGCUGCCACCAGAGCUGAGGCUGAACAACUCGGCCGCAGACUUCUGGAGCAUGGAAUUAUCCAACACGUGUCCAGCAAACACCAUUUUAUGGAUAGCAACCUGCUCUAUCAGUUCCGAAUGAAUUUCCGCCGCAGGAGGAGAUUGAUGGAACUGCUCACCGAGAAGUCCCAUUUGGUGCCGGAGAGCCACGAUAGCCCCUUUUGCCUGAGGAAGCAAAAUCAUGACCACAAAAAACACACCACGUUCCUCUCAGUGAGCCCCAGCAAGGAGAUCAAGAUUGUCUCUGCGGUCAGACGGAGUAGCAUGAGCAGCUGUGGCAGCAGCGGGUACUUCAGCAGCAGCCCAACCCUCGGCAGCAGCCCGCCAGUCCUCUGCAACCCGAAAUCUGUACUAAAAAGAACAGUGACUCCUGAAGAACUUCUGAGGCCAGGGGCUCCCUAUGCCCGGAAAACAUUCACUAUCAUAGGUGAUGCUGUUGGAUGGGGAUUUGUGGUCCGAGGGAACAAGCCCUGCCAUGUGCAAGCAGUGGAUCCCAGUGGGCCGGCAGCUGCAUCGGGAAUGAAGGUUUGCCAGUUUGUGAUUUCAGUGAACGGGCUCAACGUUCUCCAUGCAGAUUACAGGACUGUAAGCAACCUCAUCUUAACUGGUCCUCGGACCAUCGUCAUGGAAGUGAUGGAAGAAAUUGAGCCCUGAGAUGGAUGCUUGACCUGCUGCA